GUUAAAAAGAACCCUAGUUGGUUCCUUUUGCUCUGGAUGGCCAUCGAUGACCUUGGUUAGGACAUCUUUUGAACGAAUUGGUUUUUCUUCCACUCCUAAGGUAUCUCUCCUUGACUCUUCUCAUAUACUCAUUACCUUCUCGGAGGAGAAGGACUUUCUCCUAUGUCUUCUCCGGAGGACCUGCACAUCUCUGGUUACAAAAUGAAUGUGUGUCGAUGGACCUGUGAUUUCGACCCUUCUAUCGAUUCACCUCUUGCUCCUGUCUGGAUAGGUCUAGAGGGUCUCCCUCUUCACCUUUUUGAACCCAAUGCCCUUUUUUCUAUAGCUAACCUGGUGGGUCUCCCCCUCCAAAUGGAUUCUGCCACAGUGAACCUUACAAGACCCUCCGUGGCAAGGGUGUGUGUCGAAUUGGACCUGACUAAAGAUAUGCCUAAAGCAGUUUGGAUUCACCUUGGUCAAUUAUCCUUCCUCCAGCCUAUUACAUACGAAGAUUUGCCUGAGUAUUGUAUUUCUUGCCGGGCUAUAGGCCAUAAAAAGUGCAAAACUCCUAGGAAAUCUUCUAGAUGGUUUAGGAGGGAGGGUAAGCUAUCUAGCAGAAGCUUGAAUGAUUCUGUAAAAGUUUUGGUUCCUGAAUCUGGCGGAUUGGGUGCUAAUUCUGUUAUUGCCCAUAAUGCUCCUAAUCAUGCUGUUGAUAUUUCUGCUGCUCCGAGUUUUGCUGAUGCUACUUUUGCUAUUCCUAACUCUUCAACUAAGACUCCUGUCUCUACUGAUGCUUUACUUGAAGGUCCUUUGCCUCUUGUACAAACCUGCAGUGAUGAAAAUGAGCAGGCUAAGGAUCCUACCAUCCUAAUUGGAAAAAUUCAAUGCACCAAGGAUGCUUCACUACUUGUUCCUACUGUUGCUGAAAAUCUAUUGGGAAAGGAUGUUGCAAUUCCAACUGAUCCCCUACUGUCUGGUCCUGUGGUUGCUGAAAGUUUCCUGGGAAAAGAUGUUGUAAGUCCAACUGAUCCCGCGCCACCCCUAACUGUUUUUGUGGAAAGCACUGUACUCCACAGCCCCCCCUUUGUCCCUUUACCUGAAGUUGUCCACACACAUGUCCCCUUAAUUGCAGAUUCAAAUGUCCCUGAUGCUUCUGAUGCACACAGUACACUCCGAAAGGAUGUACUGGAUGGCUCACAUGACAAUUCAGUUUGUGGGGAUGAUGAAAUUAUUUCUGACCCAAACAUUCCCACUCAAAACCGUUUUGUAUUGUUAACUGACCCUAUGAUUACUGAGAUUUCUGAACAGGGCACCCCUAACUCCACCCCGCUCAAAAGCACACCUACAAAAGAGGAAGCUCACCAUGAAAUGUCAAGAAUGACAACAAGAAGAUCAAGACCACCCAUAAUUGAAGGCUUCAUUGUCGACUGUGUGGGAGAACCAAAACUAGAAUGCGAGGGAUACAACGGGCCAUUUCUCUUCCUAGGCCCUCCAGGAUCACCGAGGGAAGAUGGAAAAAGGCCACGAACAGCAAUACCUACCAAAAUCUCACCUCAUACCAUGGUGAACGUGUGAAUUUAAUUUUGGGAUGCGUCCCUUGUUACCUUGUAUCAUUUGUCUUUCAUUGCUCUACCACUUUUGGGUAGACUCACCCAUUUCCUUUUUGGAGCGUUUGCUCCCUCUUGUAUGCCUUACUUUCUCUUUAAUAAAAACUUGUUUUUUCA